AAUCGACUUAGUGCAAGACGCUCGUCUGCAAGAGCGUGGAGCUAACGCUAACUUAAAUACAUUUACUUUACAGUUGCGGCCAAGAUGGUGCUCACUCUGUACAAGUUAGACGCCAGUCCGCCGGUACGAGCAGUGAAGAUGGUGAUAGCAGCCAUCAACCUACCUGAUGUGGAAUAUGUUGACGUCAAUUUGCUACAAGGCGAUCAUCUCCAAGAAGAUUAUAUCAAGAUAAAUCCACAACACACGAUACCAACAUUGGUGGAUGAUGACUUCGUUAUUUGGGAUAGUCAUGCGAUUGCGACCUAUCUCAUAAACAUGUACGCUGACAACGACUCUCUGUACCCAUCGGAUCCAAAGAAACGAGCCCUGAUCGAUCAAAGAAUGCACUUUGAUAGUAGCAUUCUGUUCCCACCAGUACGUGAAGCAGUAGGCCCAGUUAUUUUCGGAAACGACAAAGCAUUCCAGCCUGAAGUGCUACAAAAAAUCCAAAACGGCUAUGAGUUCACCGAAAAGUUCAUCACAGGGGAGUGGUUGGCCGGUGACGACGUGUCAGUAGCAGACAUCUGCUGUGUCGCCACUAUCAGCACCGCGAACGAGAUUUUACCUAUAGACGAAAAUUUAUUUCCAAAACUGGCCGAAUGGAUUAAGCGUUGCUCCGAACUGGAAAUCUAUAAAAACGAAAACGAACCUGGAUUGAAUCUUUUCAGUCAGAUACUGAAGAGCAAAUUGGCUUAAAUUUGAAUUAUUGCAAUGUAAAUCUGAGACAAAAGUAUAUAAAUAAAAAAACCAUACAACCGAAUUGAGAACCUCCUCUUUUGAAAUCUUGAAGUCGGUUAACAAGUAGGUAAAUACUUAGAAUAAAGGAAAAGGUUUGGUUGUUUCCAGAGCAUAUUAUGGGUAUUCAAUUAAAGGUACCUACAUAUUUGUAGAAAAAUAUCAGUUUCCGCAGGAAAUCUUACUCAAUGUGCAUUAUUCAAUCUAGGUAAAUACUUAUCUAAGGAUUUACGACACGUUGUCUGUUUCUCAUGUUAAAAUAACGUAA